AUGACGCAUUAUCGAGAGGAGGACCGGGUAGCGGACCCGGCGGAGCCUGUCUCGAACACUACAGAUGUCAAAGUCCUGGAGAAUCUCGGGUAUAAGCCAGUCCUGCAUCGAACGUUUAAUCUGUUCCAUAAUUUUGCAACAACGUUUGCCGCUCUGUACUUUAUAGGUGGUGUCCGAGUCACGUUUGCAACCGGCAUAGCAGCUGGAGGCAAUUUGGCAUACUGGACGAGCUUCAUCAUCACAUGUGUCUUCACUUUCAUCACUGCUGCCGUGAUCGCAGAGAUAUGCUCCUCGCUUCCACUCGCUGGCUCGAUCUAUCUAUGGGCCGCCGAAGCUGGCGGUCCGCGAUUCGGUAGGCUGUUUGGUUUUGUCGUAGCGUGGUGGAGCACUACGGCGUGGACCACGUUCUGUGCAAGCAACACCCAAGGUGCUGUGAACUAUAUGCUUUCGGAAAUCGUCGUUUUCAACAUUGACUUCCCUUCGGAUUCCUCGGAUGUUAGAUUCCGUGCUGUUCAGUGGAUAUGCACGGAGCUGAUGCUCGCGCUUGCAGCGAUCUGGAACCUGUUGCCCCCACGGUACUUCAAAUGGAUCUUCUACCUGUCAUUCUCAUUCGUGGUUCUAGACUUUGUUCUCAACAUGAUAUGGUUGCCUAUAGCCACGAGUCGAACCUACGGCUUUCGGUCGACACAUGAUGCCUUCCUGACUACAUACAAUGGAACGGGUGCUCCAGAUGGAUGGAACUGGUGCCUGUCAUUCCUCGCUACUGCGGGAAUCUUGAUCGGGUUUGAUGCAUCAGGCCAUGUCGCUGAAGAGACCAAGAAUGCGGCAGUGUCAGCAGCACGAGGAAUUUUCUGGAGUACCGUUGUCAGUGGUAUAGGGGGGUUCAUCGUCGUAAUAUUAUUCUUGUUUUGUGUGCCCGAUGCCGAUACCUUUUUCUCCUUUGGCUCUCCCCAACCUUUUGUCCCGCUUUACGCCGCCGUACUUGGCGAGGGAGGUCAUAUCUUCAUGAGCAUUAUCUGCAUUACGGCGCUCUGGUUUAAUACUGCGAUUGCGGUGCUAGCGGCGUCGAGACUUGUUUUCGCUGUAGCUCGUGACGGCGUAUUGCCUUGGUCAGGAUGGGUGUCACAAGUCAAGGAUGGGCAGCCAAAAAAAUGCCGUUCUUGUCGUUUGGGGGGUUGCCGCCGUUAUCACGUGCACACUACUCCCGUCAUCCGUCGCUUUUACCUCACUUGUGUCCGCUGCGGGCGUUCCUUCGGCAGCUGCAUAUGGUUUGAUAUCGCUGAGUCGUCUUCUCCUCACACCGACGACAUUCCCUAA